AUGCGAGAACUCAAACACCCAACUAAGGUCACCGCCGCUGACGAAAAGCGAGCCGACGACCAAGGCUUGUUGAUCCCGGUCAGCGAAAUCAGCCCGGGUCCUCCACCUGUCCGAGGACGGGUAUUGCUGGGUGACGGCAUACUGUACCAAGUGGAUGAGUUUGGUAUUCACGAGGACUGA